UUCUCCCAGUACACUCAAGAAUACAGACUCACCCCCCUUUUUAUGGGGCACACAAAGACACUACAAUGCUUUCUAUGUCCAAGAACUCUUUUAAAAUUAAACACCCUCUUCCGGAUACAGGGCCCAGGAGACCAGAAUCCCCCAACAUGAGCGGAAGGAGGAAUGGAAACUGUCGUACUCUCCAGUGCAUUGCAGGUGAAUAUAUCCAAGCAACAGCAGGUCAUGUAAAAAAAUGCAGUUCAUCCCGAGAUGGAGAAGGCCGUAUUCCUGGCACUCUUUACUGUACUAAUCUAAGAGUGGCCUUCUUACCGGAUGCCUCUCCCAACGACGAGAAUGACUCUUGCUAUCUGUUUAUGUGCAGUGACUAUGAAGUGGCCCUACCAUGCAUUGGAAAACUGGUGGCUGUGAACAGUUUCACAAAAGCGAAGGUGCUGACAAGCACAUCUACACUGAAGUUCAUUCCUGAGGAACUGAUCAUCUACUGCCGAGAUUUCCGGGUUCUAAGGUUCCAGUUCCAUGAAAAUGGCUUAGAAUCUCAGGCCUUCCAGGUGACAAUGGCUAUUGUGCAAGCUCAGGAGAACAGUGGCAGGGAUACCUGCUAUGAAUACUUAGCUCUGAAGAAUCUGGGGAACAGCUGCCUGGGCAGGCAGGACACACAGCCACAGGAAGAAUUCUCAGUAGUGCUUUUUGAGACUCUCUGUGACUGGGAGAAGGAGCUGAAGCGGCUCGGGGCCGCUAGCUGGCGAGUCAGCCCAGUCAAUGAGCGCUUCGAUAUGUCUACCAGCCUUCCCAAAUACUUGUGGGUCCCCAGUCGAUUUCUGGACAAUGAGCUGAAAAGAGCCUUUGUACAUUUCAACGAAAGGCGAAUACCAAGGCUGUGCUGGCAUCACCCAAGAGGCAGUGAUCUUCUUCGAGCAGCUAACUUCCACACUAACUCAGAUCCAGAGAAGGAAGAUAUAAGGGCAAUAGAAACACUACUGUUUGCUGGGCACUCGCAGUGUGUCAUUGUAGAAGCAACGGCUGAUCUUCCCAGCCUUCCCGAGAUCCACCAGUCUUACUCCAAGCUGUGGAACCUGAGCCUCUGGAUGACUGAUACGUCUCUUGCACCGUCUGAUGAGAAAUGGCUCUCAAGUCUGGAAAAUACACGGUGGCUGGAUCACGUAAGAUUAUGCUUGAAGAAAGCCAGUGAGGUGACUCUUCUGCUGACAGAGAGAAGCCGAUCCGUUAUACUGCAAGAAUCAGAUGACAGAGAUUUGAAUUGUCUGCUGGCUUCCCUAGUGCAAGUUCUUUCAGAUCCACAUAUGAGGACAAUACCUGGAUUCCAGAGCCUGAUCCAGAAAGAAUGGGUAGCAGCAGGCCAUCCUUUCCUGCAGCGUCUCAAUGUACUCCAGAAAAACGACCAGGAUGAGUCACCAGUGUUUUUUCUGUUCCUGGAUUCUGUAUGGCAACUGCUGCAGCAGUUCCCACAAUCCUUUGAGUUUACGGAGGCCUACCUGAUGGCCGUAUAUGAUAGCUGCUUCAUCCCAUUUUCUAGCACUUUCCUAUUCAACUGCCAGUGGGAACGAAGUCGAAAGAAUCAGAAUCGUUUUCUCAAUCAAAUUUACACUCCUAUGAAUGGCUGGCAAGAAAAUCUCCGUCUAGAAAUCCUGCAAAAAGGAGGCUAUCCUGGGAAGAACGUAGGCCACACAAAUUUGUCUACAAUUUGGAACUGGCCACUCAGAUUCAACCCCUGGCAGAGAGCACAGUUCAGGAACCCCUGGUACAAUGAGAACAACUUCAGCAAUGGAGGCACUUUAAACAAGAAACUCCUAUUCACAAAUAGUGACACGGUGGAAAACACUUCUUCAGAAAAAUGGACCUUGUACAUUUUUUCAAAAGGCUCUCUCAGUUUGCAAACCCACAUUUUCCCUUGGAAAAAUGGGACCCUCUCCAAAAAGAGUUCUCAUCGUGUUCAGGCACUGGAGACUUCUAGAGAACAAGAAAGGUCUUGGAAGGCCAAAUCCAAUGGCAACUUCAUUUAUCAUAAUGGACUGCUGCUUCUCCCAUCACUUACAGGGACUUCAAUACGUUUAUGGAAAAGGUGUUAUCUUCGGGGGAAUCCAGAAGUUCAGGUUGGCCUCUUUGCUUCCAACAUUGUUAAACUCAGCGAAGAACUGGAUCUUCUUCAAAAGCGGCUAACCUAUUUGCAAGCAAGAGGAAGCUAUAGCAUAGCUCUGGAAAAUGCGUAAGGCGGCACAACAGCUCAUUAAAAACACAACGUUCAUUUUUGCCCUCCCAUUGGUAAUGGAUGGGCUUCCUGAAUAUUCAUGGCAAAUCUGAGCUAUGUCUUCUCCUUUCAUAUGAAACCACCUGCAGCAAGCUGGGUUUUAGAAACUUCUUAAAUGAGGCACUAUACUUUAUAUAUUCCCAUGCAUAUUUUUUUCUAAAAUGAACAUCCUUCCAAAUGAACUAAUGUUCUUAUGCUGCAGAGACAAUGGCAUGCUAUAUAUUUACAGCCCAGGAACACAGAAAAAAAAAUCAAUAGGAACUUUUUCUUCUUAUUGCCUUAAGAGGUAACUUGUACAGUAAAUGUAUUAAUAAUUGUUAAAUAACAUCAAAAGCUGAUAAUACAUUCAGUAGACAAAAAUAAUCAAACCUGGAGCCACAGACACAACAUGCCUGAUAAACUGGUGUACAAAAACACAAUCCUUUUAGCUUCCAUCUUCAUAUAUCAAGUUUACUGUUUAUUCACUCAAUGUCUACUAUCGGCUUUAUGUGUGUGUAUAUAUAUAUAUAUACUCUAUAUGCAAGUUUGUGGGUGUGUAUAGACAGAGAAAGAAAAAAAACCCUUCCCUAUCUCUAUAAAGACAAAACUUUGCUGUAAAUUCAAUUAUAUACUAUUUCACAAGCUUUGGUUCAGAAGCCUUAACAACAACCAUCAGGAAAUUGCCAAUUUUAAACUAAUGGCUUUUUAAAUAAAAUAAAAACUUCUGUAAACAGCA